CGUCCAUUUUUCGUAAGAGUUCGACAAAAAACUGAAAAUUACAUCGCAAAAAGACAGAAAUUUCACAAAUCAAAUACUUUGUAACACUUUCAAACAACAGCACAGUGCAUUUCAGUGGCCUUUGAAAUACUGCUCAACCCAAUAAGCAAUAGCAAUACAAUUAGUUUUACAAUUCAACUGAAUCUGAAACGUUCGUGCGUAUGUACAAAAAAAAAUAAAUAAAACGCGUGUGAAGUGGUGCAGAAAUUAUAGCAGAAGCAAACAUCAAUCAAUCGAACGCUUCCAACAAACUGUGUGGCAAUAAUAAGCAAAAAUAAAUCAAAUAAAAUAAGAACAAUAAAUUUAAGAACUAAGCUAUUGAAUAUAUAUAUAUAUAAAGAUAUAUUAUUAUAUUUAGAGCAAGUUAACGGAGCACAUUUAUAUCAUAAAUAUGGCAUGUGCAACACUCAAACGCGCCUUGGACUGGGAGUCGCUCAACCAGCGCCCAACGAAACGUCGUCGCUGCAAUCCUUUCGGGCAAUCCGGCAGCAGCUCGCCCUCGCGCAGCGGCAGCAAUGAUGCCGCCAAUAACAGCUCGACGACGCCUUGCAAUCGCUAUGCCAAAGACAGCAAUGAGCCCAGUCCGUUCCUGGAGUCUACAUUGGCCAAGAUGUCGCCAGAUAAAAUGGCUGAGAAUUUGUGCAAUGAAAUCAAAAGACUGCACAAGCGCAAGCAAUUGCCUAUUACAUCGGCCGCAUUGGAGCGUAUGCAGGACUCGGAGUCGAGCGGUUCUGAAAUGGGACCGGAGAGUCCGCAUCGCCCGGAUAGCCCACCGAGUCAUCUGAUGAUGCGCCACCAUGGCGAGAAGGCCUUGUUCACAUUCAAACAGGUGCAGCUAAUAUGCGAGGGCAUGAUCAAGGAGCGCGAGGAUCAGCUGCGCGAACGCUACGAAUCGGUGCUGACCACCAAAUUGGCCGAGCAAUAUGAUGCCUUUGUGAAAUUCACGUACGAUCAGAUCCAGCGUCGUUACGAGGCAGCGCCCAGCUAUUUGUCGUAAGGCAGCCCAAAUUCUCACUAUGAAAUGCACUACGAUCUUAUGUGACGGUGGUUCCAACCGCAACAGCAAAUGCUAAAAGAAAAACAACAACAACAACAACAUAGAAGCCCUCAUUUAAAAAAAAAAA